UGGGCUCCUGAACGUAGCUAUACUCUGACUUGAUUUUGUGUUGCAGCAUAUAAUGAUGUCGCGGCACACACACACCAAAAGAAUUGAGGGACUGGACCAGAACGUCUGGGUGGCGUUUACUGCACUGGCAGCCGAUCCAUCCGUCGUUAACCUGGGCCAAGGCUUUCCAGACAUCCCUCCACCUUCUUAUGUCAAGGAGGCGCUAGCGAAGGCUGCAUCAGUGGACAGGAUGAACCAGUACACCAGAGGCUUUGGUCAUCCACCUUUGGUAAAGGCCCUUUCUCAGGUUUAUGGGAAGGUCUACGGACGCCAGAUCGACCCCUUAAAAGAAAUUCUGGUCACAGUCGGCGGUUACGGUUCCUUAUUCAGCACCAUGCAGGCACUGGUGGAAGAAGGAGAUGAGGUCAUCAUCAUUGAACCCUUCUUUGACUGCUAUGUGCCGAUGGUGCGAAUGGCAGGGGCCAAGCCUGUGUUCAUACCGCUACGCCUUAAGCCUGGAAAGAAGACAGGCACGAGUGCUGACUGGUUCCUCGACCCAGACGAGCUUUCCAGUAAAUUUAACUCAAAGACAAAGGCCAUCAUCAUUAACACUCCGAACAAUCCAAUUGGGAAGAUUUUCACCAGAGAUGAGCUGCAGAUGAUCGCAGACCUCUGUAUUAAACACGACACGCUGUGCUUCAGUGAUGAGGUUUAUGAGUGGCUCGUCUACAAGGGACAUCAGCACAUCAAAAUUGCCACUUUGCCUGGAAUGUGGGAUAGAACCAUAACUAUCAGCAGUGCAGGGAAGACAUUUAGUGUUACUGGAUGGAAGCUUGGUUGGUCUAUAGGACCUGAGCACUUAACUAAGCAUCUUCAGACUGUCAUGCAGAAUACGCUGUACACCUGCCCAACACCUUUACAGGAGGCCGUGGCACAAGGUUUACUCCUCAACUAUGAGCUGAUGGGUCAGCCUGAGUGCUACUUCACCUCACUGGCAGAAGAACUUGAGGUGAAGAGGGACCGGCUGGCCUCCAUCCUGCAGGAGGCUGGUAUGACUCCUGUCAUCCCAGAGGGAGGCUACUUCAUGCUGGUGGACGUCACAUCUCUCAAUCUGGACCUGUCGCAUAUAACUGAUGAUGAGGCCUAUGACUACAAGUUUGUCAAGUGGAUGAUUAGAGAAAAGAAACUAGCAGCCAUUCCAGUCACAGCGUUUGUUGGAGAUGAGUCCAAGAAGCAGUUUGAGAAAUACAUCCGCCUGUGCUUCAUCAAGCAAGACAGUACUCUGGAGGCAGCAGGGGACAUCUUGAAAAACUGGACUAAGAUUUAAUGGGAUCUGGUGAAGACUUGAAGUGGACUGCACCCGAACUGGGGAACAGUACAACUUUAGUAGAGGAGUUAACUGUUGAGCUGUACACAGUGUUAAAAAAAAGCUAUCUUCAGGUUACCAAGACUGAAAGGAAUAGUUAAUAUAAAUGCUGGGUGAGAUAAUGAAGUUGAAGUUUUUUUAUUUUUUUUCUCCAAUGUGGAUUUAAAGCCCUUAUUCAUUUCUGUUGCCAAUGUGAAUUACUGAAGUCGGUUAGUAUUUUUCUAGUGUUGUAACAUUUGACACACAGCAGAGAAGUAAACGAAGGGCUGCUGUAGCUGAGCCAGGCUGCUGUAACUGUGCCUUUUCUGUGUCUUUUGUUUCCAGUAAAGCUGUGAAACUUAAGACACAUGCCUUUGGUUGGACUGUUUUGUGAAAACCAGAGAAGAAUACAGUGUUUUUCCAAUCGGUUCCAGAUCGUGGAGACUAGAGCAGAGUGAUUUGGGGGGAAAAUAUCUACUUGUUCUGUUUUCUGACAGAUAUUGAGAUAAAAAAUAAAUGUCUGUAUUCAUUGUGUAAUAUAUUUAUAAUAUGCCUGGAAUAUGACCACAUAAGGUACCAUCGAAACUGUGGAUGUAACAUGAGGUGGAUGGCAAUUUGUAAAACCAUGUAAAUCUACAUGGAAAUAAUGGCGUAUUUAAAAUUCCAAUUUCUAUUAAAACUUGAUUAUUUUUAUAAUUGCGCAGCUGCAGUGGAGACCAUACAGAUUUACAAAAACACAACGUUGGCUGGCAUCUACUGAUUCCAUGAAUUCAUCUCUGGUUUUCAUCUCCUUUUGAAUAAAUCUGUUAAUAAAUGUGAACACGCA